CUUUUCAGCGUUAUAACCAAAACUAACAUAACGCUAGUAUUUCACAAAGAACCAGCGCGACACGGACUCAAAGUCCGGAACAGAAAGUCCUGCCUCAUGACGAAUCUAAACCCUUAACUAGAAUCAACAAAAGCAAUGAAACAUACCUCCACCCAAAGCAUCAUACAGCCCAUGCAAGUAACUCACCAUCUAUACACCACACCAUCAAAGCUUCCCCAUCACCACCCCAAACUCCCCCUCCAAAUCGACCCCCUCCUCCCUCUUGACCCGCUGAACCUCCCUCGCCAACUCCUCCCUCAACAACCUCGCAAGGACCUCCCCCUCCUCAUCAUUCAAAUCCUCCCUCUGCCCCCGCCCAAACAUAACAUAACUCAUACGUGUCUUCCCCGGCCCGGUAGCCGCCGGCCGAUCAGGCGGUCUGGGAAUAAUAUGGAAAUGAACAUGCGGGACCUGCUGUGCCGCUCUGACGCCGUUAUUCUGGACCACAUUCCAGCACCAAUCCUCCCUCUCUUCAUCCCCGUCCCCAAAGAGGACCUUCAUCACGACCCGAGAGAUGAUAGGGAGCCAGUUCCCGAUCUAUUCUCAUACUAGAUUAGCCAUAGCCCAUCGCCCAUAAUCCAAUUCAAACAUAGUUGGCCCCCCAAAACAACAACCAAACCCAAUCUAAACAGAUAGAC